AUGGUGCACUCGUUGAUCGAGGCGUAUUCCUUGCUUGACCACAUGAAGAUAGUCAAGCCAAAAGUGGCCUCCAUGGAGGAGAUGGCAAGCUUCCACACAGACGCCUACCUGCAGCACCUGCAGAAGGUCAGCGAGGAGGGGGAUGAUGACCAUCCGGAGUCCGUGGAGUAUGGACUGGGUUACGACUGUCCAGCUACCGAAGGGAUCUUUGAGUAUGCGGCAGCCGUGGGAGGAGCCACCAUCACCGCGGCCCAGUGCCUGCUGGACGGCAAGUGCAAGGUAGCAAUUAACUGGCCUGGAGGGUGGCAUCAUGCAAAGAAAGAUGAAGCUUCUGGCUUCUGUUACCUGAACGACGCUGUCUUGGGGAUCCUGCGGCUGCGCCAGAAAUUUGACCGUGUCCUUUAUAUUGAUUUGGAUUUGCAUCACGGGGAUGGAGUUGAAGAUGCCUUUAGUUUCACCUCGAAAGUCAUGACUGUUUCUCUGCACAAGUUUUCGCCAGGAUUUUUCCCAGGCACCGGUGAUGUCACGGACGUUGGCCUGGGGAAGGGUCGCUAUUACAGCGUGAACGUACCUAUUCAAGAUGGCAUUCAGGAUGAGAAGUAUUACCAGAUCUGUGAAACCGUGCUGAAGGAGGCAUACGCCGCAUUCAACCCCAACGCGGUAGUGCUGCAGCUGGGGGCAGACACCAUCGCCGGAGAUCCCAUGUGCUCUUUCAACAUGACACCCAAGGGAGUGGGCAAGUGCCUGAAGUACGUCCUGCAGUGGCAGCUCGCAACUCUCGUCCUAGGAGGAGGAGGCUACAACCUUGCCAACACAGCUCGCUGCUGGACAUACUUGACUGGGGUCAUCCUUGGGAGAACGCUGUCCUCUGAGAUCCCUGAUCACGAGUUCUUCACAGAGUAUGGGCCUGAUUAUGUGCUGGAGAUCACACCAAGCUGCAGACCAGACCGCAAUGAGCCACAGAGAAUUCAGGAGAUUCUUAACUCUAUCAAAGGGAACCUGAAGCAUGUUGUUUAGCAGAGAAGGAAGGCUCACGUUUCCACAAGAGCAUUUCCCAUGGGGAAGACAGCAUGUUUAUGUGAGCAGCUGGUGAAAUUUGUGGCUGCAAGGAAAAUUUGGAAGAAAUUACUGUUAGUUGGUUGAUUUUUUUAAUCUUUAAAGAAGAAAAGCUGCUGCACACCACCAGCACCGUGGCUCACCCUUGGCAGGAGUGUGGGCCCCCAGCCACAGCCUUCCAGGGCCAGCAGAGCCUCCCUUGCUCCUUUUCUCUUUCCUUUUCUACCACCACAGAGUUUAUUCUCACAAAUGGUUGUAAAUGUUUUUUAAGAGCGGGGCUGCUCAGAGCUGUGAACCCUCCCAGCCAGAGCCCAGUGCGUCACCGCCU